ACUAGAAAGUAGUAACCUUUUCAAACACGGUCACUUCUGCGUCAACGCUAUUACUCUGUUCUCUUUUAUCUUUUUCAAAACAGAACCAAAGAUCAAGCAUUAUCCGAUGCUUCACCCUUGUGGUCUCCGAACCUCAAGUUCUCUUCCUACUGUAUAUUGUUCCUUUGCCAAAAGUCCAAACGUUUUUUACGCAACAUAGAUUCCCUCUCUCACCCUUCACAUUUCCAUCACCUCCAUUGUACAUGGAAAUGAGAAAACUACCACUUUCAGAGCAGUUUGUACUGCCAAGAAGAAAUGUUUUUUCUGGGUUUGGUUUGGGGAUUGGAGUUUCUCUUCUUGUUGUUGUCGUACUUUUGCUGAAUAAGUCAUUGGUUGGCAAACCUUGGUUGCAAGGGUUUGUUAGUGUUGGUGUUAAUUCUACACUGCCAUUUUCAAGUACUUCUGGGUCUCUAUCACCUGUUGCUAGUAAUACCAAUGCUACUUCAAAGGUGGAGAGCGAUGUGGGUUCGUUUCAAGGGAGUAAAGAAGGACAUGUGCCCUACAAAACCCAUGAAGCAAAUGUUUCAGGGGACACUAAAAUGGGAGAUCUUAAGGAGGCAAGGAUGGGUUCAGGGAAAACCCAUUUUGGGAAUUUAACUGAGAGCCUUAAAAAUGGAAGCUUUCCUGAUAAAGAGAAAGUGGGCGAUUCUUUCGCUUCAGAUGGAGGAUUGAUUUUAAGGAAGAAUAAUUCUGGUAACUUCUCUAAGACUGUGAAAGAUGAAAGCUUGCGUGGUAAAGAAGGAAUUGUUAUUGAGAAUUUGAGCCUUUCUAGCGUAAAAGAUAUGAAUUCAGUAGCAAGGAAUUCGAGUAAUCGGAAUAAUGGCACAGAAAAUAAGAAUGUGGGCAAUUUUUCGUACAAUGCAGGACUAGAUAAAGCUGCUACUAGAGAAGAAAUUGCUUACAAGGCAAGUCAAGAAGGAAAUUCGGAUGAGAAGAACAAAAGCACAAUUUCUAAUUAUGGUUCUCUACUAAGGAAAAUGGAUGGUGGUUCUAAUGAAAAAUGUGACAUAUUUGAUGGUAGAUGGGUGAGAGAUGAUUCAAAGCCUUACUAUCCUGCUGGUUCUUGCCCUCACAUUGAUAGGGAUUUUGAUUGCCACCUUCAUCAGAGGCCAGAUGAUGGAUUUUUAAAAUGGAAAUGGCAGCCAAAUGGGUGUGACAUCCCAAGUCUGAAUGCCACUGAUUUUCUGGAGAGAGUGAGAGGAAAGAGGCUGGCUUUUGUAGGAGAUUCACUGAAUAGGAACAUGUGGGAAUCUUUGGCGUGUAUACUCCGCCAUGCAGCCAAAAACAAGGAUAAGGUUUAUGAGAUCUCAGGAAGGACAGAAUUCAAGAAGAAGGGCAUUUAUGCUUUCAGAUUUGAGGACUAUAACUGUUCUCUGGAUUUUGUUCCUUCUCCAUUCCUUGUUAGAGAAUCAUCUUUCAAAGGUAGAAGUGGGUCAUUUGAGACAUUAAGAUUGGAUUUGAUGGACCAGACAACUUCAAUGUAUCAUGAUGCCGAUGUCUUAGUCUUCAAUACAGGCCACUGGUGGACCCAUGAGAAAACAUCAAGAGGUGAAGACUAUUACCAAGAAGGCAACUAUGUGUACCCAAGACUCAAGGCUUUGGAAGCAUACAAGAGGGCUCUCACCACUUGGGCUAGAUGGGUUGACAAGAACAUUGAUUUCAACCGGACUCAGGUUUUCUUCAGAGGAUAUUCACUCACCCAUUUCAGAGGGGGUCAAUGGAACUCAGGAGGACAGUGCCACAAAGAAACUGAGCCAAUCUUUAAUGAAACAUACUUAGCAAAGUACCCUUCAAAGAUGAGAACUCUAGAGCACGUGCUUCAAAGCAUGAGAUCUCCUGUAGUAUAUAUGAACAUAAGUAGGCUUACGGAUUACAGAAAAGAUGGACACCCGUCCGUUUACAGAAGGGAAUACAAGACAGUAGAAGAACAGAAUGCCGCCGCUGAACAAUUUCAAGAUUGCAGCCAUUGGUGCUUGCCUGGAGUACCAGAUACUUGGAAUGAAUUGCUAUAUGCUUCUCUUUUAAAGUUAGGAAAGGGGUCUUGGAAAAACUGAACGAGGGUCGUACAGAAGCUGCCGGUUACAUAUUAAUUUGUUAUUCUUUAUCCACAACCCAUUUUUUUUUCUUCUUUUUGGUAUUUCCUAUCUGAGCUCGUAUGUGUUGUGAGUUUUUUUUAUUAGGCUAUAGAUCCAGAUGGCCAAAUGGGUUGUCUUGAGUUUUAGUCUAUGCAAAGUGGGUGGAUAUAGAGUCACUUGUCACUAGUUAUGUACAUUUUGCAUUUCAAUAUAUCAGAAAUGAGAUGAAUUUUUUCAUUUA